GGUGGGAGGGACUUAGAAUAAUGAAAGAAAGAGAGAAUGGAGGCGAUUGGCUGGAUUCCUGCAUGAUUUCAUAACAUAAAGCCGAGCCGCUACUGUUGAUCACCACACACAUCUCGCUCUCUCUGCUUGCUCGGCACUCGAUUGGUUUCCACUGGAGUGACCAUGGCUGACACAGAGGAUAAUGUUUCAAUUCCUGGGUUAAACAGUCUUCUCCAAAUGGACCCCUAUCUCAAAAGCUACCAGAAGGACUUCGAGAGGAGGUACGGCCUGCUUGGGAAGCAGCUGGCUGCCCUGGAGGAGAGGGAGGGUGGCAUCGACCAGUUCACCCGGGCCUACGAGACCUUCGGAGUCCAGCGUCGUCAUGACAACAGCCUGGUGUUCUUUGAGUGGGCCCCGGCUGCCGAGGCCCUCUUCCUGGCCGGGGACUUCAACGGAUGGGACAAAUUCUCCCACCGCUACACCAAGCAGCCAUUCGGGAAGUGGGAGCUGGUCAUCCCGGCCAAGGCGGACGGGUCCCCGGGGUUGGAGCACGGCUCCAAGCUCAAGGUGGUGGUCCACACCGAGAACGGAGAGCGUCUGUACCGCAUCUCUCCCUGGGCUAAAUACGUGACGCAGCAGGAGAACGCUCCGGUCUAUGACUGGGUGCACUGGGACCCCCCCGAGCCCUACACACCCGUCCACAAGAGGCCGGACAAGCCCAGGAGCCUGCGGAUCUACGAGUGCCAUGUGGGCAUUGCCUCCCCUGAGGGGAAGGUCGCCUCAUACAGCAAUUUCACCGCAAAUGUGCUGCCACGCAUCAAGGAUCUGGGUUACAACUGCAUCCAGAUGAUGGCUGUGAUGGAACACGCGUACUACGCCAGCUUCGGCUAUCAGAUUACAAGCUUCUUCGCAGCUUCCAGCCGCUACGGCACCCCCGAGGAUCUGAAGCGUCUGAUCGACGCGGCCCACGCCCUGGGCAUCGUGGUGCUGCUGGACAUGGUCCACAGCCACGCCUCCAAGAACACGGAGGACGGCCUGAACCGCUUCGACGGCUCCGACUCCUGCUUCUUCCAUGCGCCGCCCAGGGGGCAGCACAGCCUGUGGGACAGCCGCCUCUUCAACUACUCCAGCUGGGAGGUGCUGCGUUUCCUGCUGUCCAACCUUCGCUGGUGGAUGGAGGAGUACCGCUUUGACGGCUUCCGGUUCGAUGGGAUCACCUCCAUGCUCUACCAUCACCACGGCAUCGCCGUAGGUUUCUCGGGCGACUACAGCGAGUAUUUCGGUCUGCAGGUGGACGAGGACUCUCUGGUCUACCUGAUGCUGGCCAAUCACAUCCUGCACACGCUGUACCCCACCUGCAUCACCAUCGCAGAGGAUGUGUCUGGGAUGCCAGCUCUCUGCCGCGGUGUGGAGGAGGGGGGGCUGGGCUUUGACUACCGCCUGGCCAUGGCCGUCCCUGACAAGUGGAUCCAGGUGAGAACUCGACUNNNNGAUGAAGACUGGGAUAUAGGAAACAUCAUCCACACACUGGUCAACCGACGCCACGGGGAGAAGUGCAUCGCCUACUCCGAGAGCCACGACCAGGCGCUGGUGGGAGACAAGACGCUGGCCUUCUGGCUCAUGGACAAGGAGAUGUACACCAACAUGAGCUCCCUGGUCCCCAUGACUGCCGUCAUCGACCGAGGCAUCCAGCUGCACAAGAUGAUCCGCCUCCUCACGCACGCCCUCGGAGGAGAGGGCUACCUCAACUUCAUAGGAAAUGAGUUUGGCCACCCAGAGUGGCUGGACUUCCCCCGGGAAGGCAACAACCAGAGCUAUCACUACGCCCGGCGCCAGUUCGACCUGCUGGAGGCUGCCAAACACCUGCGCUAUGCCCAGCUCUACGCCUUCGACCGCCACAUGAACCUCGCCGAGGACGCGUACGGCUGGCUGGCUGCGCCGCCGGCGUACGUGAGCACCAAGCAUGAAGAGGAUAAGGUCAUCGUGUUCGAGAGGGCGAAGGUGGUGUUCAUCUUCAACUUCCACCCCACCAGAAGUUACCAGGACUACACCGUCGCAGUCGAGGUGUCCGGGAAAUAUACCAUCAAGCUGGACUCUGAUGAUGUUCAGUUCGGCGGCCACGGAAGACUGGACCAUCACACCGAGUUCUUCACCAAACCUCAGGACUUCAACGGGCGCUCCAACGUAAUGCAGGUCUACAUCCCCUGCAGAGCGGCGCUGGUCCUGGUCAACGAUGAGAUAGAUUACAGUUAUUAGGAUGGUGAUGGGGGCCCGGGGGCCCGGGGGGGGGGGGGGGGGGGGGGCCUGAAGAGGAAGGGAAGGGGGGAGUGAUUGUCCUCCCAGAGUCCAGAUUCGGAGAUGGGUCCGGGGCCUCAGUCUGGGGGAUAACGACUACCUAGUGUCUGAGGGUCAGCCGGCAAACCGUCCCCCCACCGCAGCCUCUGUUGCACACAGUGUGAACACACACUCACACACUAAUAUUCACAGACAAAGACACACACACACACACACACACACACACACACACACACACACACACACACACACACACACACACACACACACACACACACACACACACGUCACACACGUCACACACACACACACACACACACACACACACUUACGCUCACACACACACGCACACUAAUAUGCACCCACUUGGACAGACACACACACACACACACACACACACACACACACACACACACACACACACACACACACACACACACACACAGACACAUUAUUACGCACACACAUACAUAAAAAAACACACAAAAACACAUCCUGUCGCACAUACCCUCCCUCGCCUCCAACCCUCCCUGCAAUUUUGUAUUCCUCAUGUCCUGCAGGUGUUUUUGGUUGUGUGUGUGUGUGUGUGUGUGUGUCUGUGUGUGUGUGUGUGUGUGUGUGUGUGUGUGUGUGUGUCUGUGUGUGUGUGUGUGUGUGUGUGUGUGUGUGUGUGUGUGUGUGUCUGUGUCUGUGUCUGUGUCUGUGUCUGUGUCUGUGUCUGUGUGUGUGUGUGUGUGUGUGUGUGUGUGUGUGUGUGUGUGUGCGUGUCUCUCCACACACCACCUGCAGCCCUACUAUAACAGUGUCAGAACCCAUUGAGUCCAGAUCGGUGGUUCUAGGAGGAGGAGAGGGAGGGUCAAUGACCCCGCCACAGCCACCAAUCAGACGCCAGUCACCAUCUGCAGGCUGCGUGCACCCGGCUGCGCCGCUGGUGCACGUGGCCGGUGCACGUGGCCGGCGCCCACUGCACGCGCCCAGUACAGCGGGACCACAACAACCUGAAACAAGACAUGUUUUUGGCAAUAUGUGGAAAAAUCCUUUUUCAAAAACCCAAAUGUUUUAGACACAGACACACACACACACACACACACACACACACACACACACACACACACACACACACACACACACACACACACACACACACACACACACACACACACACACACACACACACACAUCUCUGUUCAGCAUGAUCUAAAUUCUAAUCCCAAUUUAAUGCAACUUUUUCCUUUUGUUUUUGGUUUGCUAAAAAUGCUGUCUUAUUUAAUUGUGAUGUCUAGAUUAUUAUAAACCGACAGAUUUACAUGCGCACACUUGCAGACAAAGACAUGCACACCCUCAAUUCAGCAGGAAAGAGCAGAGAGGGACAUUUUUUAUUUUAGAGUUUUAUUUUGGUUACCAUUUGAAUUGAAUUGACAAUUGUUAUUUUUAUUAGUGAUAAAUAUUCUAAUUGUGGGUUUAAGUGUUGAUACAAAUAAGCUUGCAUGAUGGCGUGUGUGUGAGUGAGUGCUUACGUGCUGUUGGCAGCACUGCACUUGAUGUGAAGGGGUUCAUGUUGGAGGGUGACUCACGCCACUGUUAGACUCACGCUGUGCGAGUUUAGCAGGAUUAGGAGCAGGGAAGAUUUGUAUGAAGUAAUAAGCUACUUGGAGCCAUGAUACCGUACCAACAGAGGUACCUGAUUCAGCUCUAGUGGCUUUCCUUAAUCAUUGUGUCUAGGAGGAGCCCUCAUGUAGUCCUUCAUAACCCCAACGCUAACUCAUUACAGCCAUGAUUUGCAGCGAAAGAGAUCUGAUCAAAUCGGCACACGCCACACGAUACAGGCAGGAGUUAAAAAUACUCGACUCUGGUGUUUUCUCAAGAUAAAUCUCAAUGUGAACAGACAGUCUGCACUUUGUUUAUUUCUCUAUGAAGCACUGCAUAUUUUUUUUGUCAUUUUGAAACAUUUCAGUGAUAAAUCGUCAUAGACUGCACUUUCUGAGAAGUUUUGACGCUGGGGAAUUUAUAUUAAGGUAUUAUUCAUUUGAAUUGUUUGAAAAGAGCAUAUGACUCAUAUUAUUUAAUCAUGUAGAUGGUAUACCUAUAGCAGGCCUAUUCUUGCACAGAUACUUUUGAUUGGUUACUUAGACGCUGAUUGGUUUACCAUUCCCAGGACACUGAUGUAACUAUGAGGGUUAUUAGAAGACCCAGGUGGCUUUGUAAAUUCACAGACACUGAAACAAACGGCCUUCAUCUUUUUCAAUUAUCUCUUAUCUCUCCCUGUGUCUUUCUCUUACACACACACACACAGUAACACACACGCACACAGGCGCAAAUACUCUGAAGCUAAGAGUUUGGCCUCUGCAAACCUUCCGUGUAACCCUAAUUGAGUCGUGUGAAAGUAAAGCUGCUUUGGCAAUUUUCCCGUUUCACCAUUUCCCAUUUACACAGAUGUGUGAAAAGGCUGAGAGAGCCACAGUGAGAGUGGGGGGGGGGAUAGGGGACAGACAACGAGAGAGAGAGGAGAAAAGAGAAAGAUGGAGAAUACAUUGAAAUGGAUAAACGACAUGGUGUCUGAGUGCUGCUAGUCUUUGCUCACUGAGAUAACGGAGUAGGCUACAGCCCAAGCUUACUGUGCCUCUUAAUGCUAAACACAGAGGCCUCAAUACAAUUGAUCUAAAUUGUGUGGUCUCAUUCUGUCCAGAUGUGUGUACGAGUGCGUCUAGGUGCACGCAUGCUUGUGUAUGUGUGUGUACGCGCGUAUGUUUAUUCAACGGUUCCUGCACCCCCUUCCGUACAGAUAAAGAAGAGAGAGUGCCGUCUGUAUUCAGCGAUGCCCUCCCAUGUUUGGGCUGCAGUGUUUGGAUGAAUCUGGUUUUCACUAGUAACUUGUCGUAUGCCCCAAUCAUCCACCCUAAUGUAUAAUACCCUAAAAUAAACUGGAUCUGUGAUGCAACGUCA